CUUUGAUCUUUACGACUUCACACGUUACUCUAUUCAUCAAUGGCUACUACGAGUUUAUUCAAUGUAUCUUGCAGCUUUCCAUCGAUCAAAGUAAUCGAUUGCAAGAGCUAUGUUGGUGGUCUCAGAUCGAAUGUGAGUCAAGUUAGAAUUGCUUCUCUUCCAGUUGCAACUUCUCAGCGACGCUCUCUUGUCGUAAGAGCUAGCAACGGACACGCGAAGAAGCUUGGGAGGAGCGAUGCUGAGUGUGAAGCUGCCGUUGCUGCUGGAGAUGUUCCUGAAGCUCCUCCGGUUCCACCUAAACCGGUUGCUCCGGCUGGUACGCCAGUUAUUCAGCCUCUCAAUCUAAACAGACGGCCACGGCGUAACCGUGCUUCUCCAACUGUGAGAGCUGCUUUUCAGGAAACUGACAUCUCCCCUGCAAAUUUUGUAUACCCACUUUUCAUUCAUGAAGGUGAGGAGGACACGCCUAUUGGAGCUAUGCCCGGUUGCUACAGACUUGGCUGGAGGCAUGGCCUUGUAGAAGAGGUUGCAAAGGCUCGAGCUGUUGGUGUUAACAGUAUUGUGCUAUUCCCUAAAGUUCCUGAGGCGUUGAAGAAUCCAACAGGGGAUGAGGCAUAUAAUGACAAUGGUCUUGUACCUAGAACAAUCCGUCUUCUCAAAGACAAGUAUCCUGAUCUUAUUAUCUACACUGAUGUUGCUCUGGAUCCCUACUCAUCUGAUGGUCACGAUGGUAUCGUCAGAGAGGAUGGUGUAAUAAUGAAUGAUGAAACGGUACACCAGCUGUGUAAGCAAGCUGUUUCUCAGGCCCGAGCUGGAGCGGAUGUUGUUAGUCCGAGUGACAUGAUGGAUGGUCGAGUAGGCGCAAUUCGUGCAGCUCUUGAUGCUGAAGGCUUCCAAAACGUCUCCAUCAUGUCUUACACCGCAAAGUAUGCAAGUUCGUUCUACGGCCCGUUCCGUGAAGCCCUGGACUCAAAUCCACGUUUUGGGGACAAGAAAACUUAUCAGAUGAACCCAGCGAAUUAUAGAGAGGCUUUGAUUGAGGCUCGUGAAGACGAGGCUGAAGGAGCCGACAUUCUCCUGGUGAAGCCAGGUCUCCCAUAUUUGGACAUCAUACGGCUUCUCAGGGACAAAUCUCCAUUACCCAUUGCUGCAUACCAAGUGUCUGGGGAGUACUCGAUGAUCAAAGCAGGGGGUGUCCUGAAAAUGAUCGAUGAGGAGAAAGUGAUGAUGGAGUCACUAAUGUGCUUACGCAGAGCUGGUGCUGAUAUCAUCCUUACCUACUUUGCUCUUCAAGCUGCCACUUACUUAUGCAACCAAAAGUAGAAGACAGAGAGAUAGAGAGAGUUUGCAUUUUCAGUAUUUAACCCAUUUGAGCAAUCAUGAUUUUUUGCCUUGUUCUCUACAUUUCCCUUACAAAUCUCAUGUUCUGAUCCAACUUUGUUUGGUCAUGUUUCGUUGCCUUGUGCAUUGUGUACUUUUAUGUCCUGUCUAAUUUUGUAUUGCUGUGUAGAUUCAUUGUUCUGACUUAUGAGUUUUUUAAAGUUGGCUCUUA